AUGCCGCGCCUUUCCUCCUUCCUCGCUCUCGGUGCCUUUCUCUCUGCCGCGCAUGAGCAAGUCGCCGCCAUCCCCACGCAUGUCGACCUCCCGCGGUCGCUCCCGCUCGUCAGGCGAGCCAGUCCACAGCUGAGCGCGAUGGACAGGCUCGCCGCCCACAAGGCCGCACUGGAGACCAAGUUCGGCGUCGCCACGCCCGCUGGGCGGAAACGUGCGAACGGCUUCAACCUGCUCACGAACCAGGGCGCGGACUCGGACUACUUCGGGUCGGUGGCUGUGGGCACUCCACCCGUCGCGUACAACGUCAUCCUCGAUACCGGCUCAUCGGAUUUCUGGCUCGCCUCCUCAAGCGUAGCGUCCUCGCGAGCUGCUUCUGGCAUCCCCACCUUUGAACCGUCAGCCUCUUCUACUUUCAAGAACCUGAACACCCCCUUCUCGAUCACAUACGGCUCAGGAGGCGUGCAAGGCACGCUCGGCCAGGAUGUUGUCCAGCUGGCAGGCUUCGAGGUGACCGCGCAGACGUUUGCCGUCGCGACAGCGCUCGAGCAGGGCACCAUAUCCGCCCCGUUGUCGGGCCUUAUGGGUCUCGGCUUCCAGUCGAUCUCGUCGUCCGGCGCGACACCUCUAUGGCAGACGUUGGCGAGCACCAGCGGGACCCUCGACGAGCCGCUCAUGGCGUUCCAGCUCACCCGCUUCCACGACUUCCGCCGUCAGUCUGACGCGGAUGAGCCCGGAGGCACCUUCAGCUUGGGGUCGACGAACAGCUCCCUGUUCACCGGGAACAUCGACUUCCAGCCCAUCCCGCAGGGGCAGGAGGGGUACUGGAUCCAGGAGCUCACAGGUUUGACCGUCAACGGCAACGCCGUCACUCUGCCGUCCGGGUCGGACUCCUUCGGCGCCAUCGACACGGGCACGACCCUCGUCGCCGGCCCGCCGGACGUCGUCUCGCAGUUCUACGCCCAGAUCCCCAACAGCCAGGCGCUCACCGGCGAUCAGCAGGGGUUCUUCGCGUUCCCGUGCGACUCGAGCGUGAGCGUGAGCAUGAAGUUCGGCGCGAGCAGCGUCUCCUGGCCGGUCUCGAGCAGCGACUUCAUCUUCGAGCAGCUCGACGGCGAGAACUGCGUCGGCGCGUUCUUCGCGCUCGACACCUCCGGCACGACCGCGCCGCCGUGGAUCAUCGGCGACACGUUCCUCAAGAACGUCUACUCCGUCUUCCGCGCCAGCCCCGCGGCGGUCGGCUUCGCCGCGCUCUCGGACGCCGCGACGGCGCAGAACGGGAAGCAGGGCCCGACCCCGGUCCCGACCGUGGGCGUGCAGGCGACGGUGAGCGGCGCGGCGGCGCCGACGGGCCCCGUGCGCUCGACCGGGGACCCCAGUGCCGCGCACAGGGUGGAGGGAGUGUUGGGAGGGCGGUCGUUGCUGCUGGGGGCGCUUGCCGCUGCCUAUGCUUUGUGCUGA